GAUCAAGGACACAGCCUUACCACCUGGUCUGGGAGACACUCGGCGUUUUAUGUUGCAUUCCACUGAAAUGUCACUGGUACUUGGGGCAAAGCGCUUCCUAGAGUGGAGACAUUCCAAAUACAUGAUGGGUAGAAUCUCAGAGUAUCCUGUACUGGCUGCCCUGGGAGGGGAGGUUGUAAACAUGCAACAGAUUCGCGCAUUCCUCAGGGUGCAUUUGAAAGAUUAUGGACUUCUAGAUUUUGAUGCAAGUGAUGUUAGUAAUCCACCUCCUGUCGAUACCACUUGGCAGCAGAUCUACUUUUGCCUGAGAUCUGGGUAUAAUGAUGAAGCAAGAACAGUUGCUGCAUCAUCGAAUGCUUCACAGGAGUUUGCGCCACCGCUGAACGAGUGGAUCACAUCUGGAGGGAGGGUGUCUCCGGAGACCUCAGCUAGAGCUUCAUAUGAGUUGGAUAUGAUGUUGAGGACAUAUGAUGUUGAGGGUGGAGCUGGUUACGAGAAGGAGAAGAUGUUAGUAUAUGCUCUCGUAUCUGGUUCAAGAAGCCUCUUCCACCGCCUGCGGGAAGAUUAUUCACCUCUAUUUGACACUGAUGAGCAUUACCACUGGUUCAUGUUAGCGUCUAUUAGAGAUAUCCCAGUUGGAGCUGCAUCCACUGUCACGCAUGCUGGCUUGGAGACACUCACAUUGAGCGAUUUGCAGGUCUAUGUGAAUACCUCUGGCCCAGAUGAAGCAGACCGUCUCAUGUAUCCUUAUCUUUUACUUUUGAGCAUCCAGUUGAUACCAGCUAUCACAUACAUGUUUGAGGAGUAUGACAUUGAUGCUGCCCACGUAUCGAUUGCGCUAGCAGACCAUGGUGUCCUAUCAGAAGUUGCUGGUGCUGCACAAGGGAUUGGUAUGAUGGAUGCUUAUGGAAAAGCAUCUCACAUCACCAAGCAGUAUGGAUCUACCAGAUUUCUUCCUCAUGAUAUAUCAAUGGCCUUAGAAUAUUAUGCACAAGCUGCUGCUGUCCUUGGUGGUGGACGGUUGGCAUGGCCUAUAGGAGGUAAUGUGGGUCAGCAGAGGCAGAGAAAUGCGAGGCUGAAGCAUGUCCUUAGUGAGCUUCUAAUGACAGAUGGUGGUAUCCGCCUUCUUUUUGGUUUUAGAGGCAAGGAAGGUGAACUUGCAAGAUUCUUCCCUGAUGUGAAUGAAAGGAUUCAGUUCCUGCAUGAAGCUGCACGACAAUGUCAGGAAUUUGGGUUGCCUGGCAAGUGUCGAGAGAUUAAAGCUGAGAUUCGACGAGGUUGA